UUCUUUCCUUAUUUGAAAAAAGGUUUAUGGCCCUUUUCAGCAACACUUCGUAGCUUUUGACAAUUGGCAUGGCGUCUACAUCAAAGAAAUGGGCACGGGACCUCUAUUUCGUCUCGUCCAGGCUAUACUUUCUUCUAAUACUUUUCCAACUCCCACUUUUCAGAUUCCCUUGUAGAAUUGGUACAUGUACCACACCAAUUGAAGUGUCACUGUCUCUAUUGUACGCAAAUGGAGUUGUUCCAGGAGGUAUGGUAAAAGCCCUGAUUUACCCAGGAGCAGUAGCAAAAGCCAUUUAUAAGAACAACGCCAUCCCAAGCUAUGGGAAGCUUCUAGAAGCCUACAAAUUCACCAACAUGAAGGAAUCUUAUCUAACUCAUGAUCUCCAGAACUUAGAGGUUAUAGUAGGAAGUUACUUGUCGGUGGCAGGAGCACUAUUGGGUCUAAUGAAAUCAGGGAGAUUUAGUCUUAUUGGGAUUCUUCUCAUCACAUGGGGUCUUGGCAAUCAAGUACUUUUUAGGAAUUCCGCAAGUGUAGUCAUAUACCCAACUAUGCUAAUUGCUUUGCUUUCUGCCUUCUUUUCUAUCAGAGCAGAUGUCACAAAGAUGAUACGUUUCUCCAAACAACAGGCCUCUAUUAGAAAUGAACAAAAGCAAAAGAUAACUAGAGUUAGAUAUGCUAGCUAAUUGAUUGCCACUUUUUUUUUUUUUUGGUCAUACAUUAAGGUUGCAAUACUUUCUUAUCAAUAUUUCUUCAUAAAGUGAUUACUAUAUUGCAGUAAUUUUGAUGCUGACAAGUACCAAGCACUGAGUCACAGUGGCAAACAGCCAUUGGGGCAUUUAUUUUCAUACCUCAAUCAUGGUGACAAAAUAUUAAUGUUUCCUAUAGAAGUCUUUUCUUUGUUGUGGUGUCAUUAGUCAUUACUUAUAGAGAAAAUUAAGUAAAUAUAGUAGGUCCCAUCGUGUUUGUGCAAUUAGAAGUUAGUUUUCUUUAAAAAUUAUUAACACCUGCAAUUUAUAUACAGAAGAAAGAUUGAUAUCAAUAAGGAUUGUGGUUGAGUGAUCAUUACUCCUUUUAUAUUUUAACAAGAUGUAACUUGAUCGAAUUCAUGGUAUAAAGUACAGCAGAUGAUAUGUUAGAAACCAAAGACCCAAAAAGCAGAUGAUUUUUUCAUUUUCCAAUAGAGAAUCUAAUAUGGGCCUAGCCCUCACUGACGAUGAAUCAUAUGGUGGGACCCAGCAGCGGCAAGACAAAGCACCAUCCUACACUAGGUAACAAGGAUUUCUGUCUUUUUGUUUUUUGAUUCAAUGGGUUAAUUAUUUGUUUAGCAAAUAGGAAAAUGUGAUUGAGAAAGAUAAAACAUAAAAGAGAUUCCUUCUAUAAUGAGCAGUAGAAAUCGGUGGAGUAACUGAUUGGAGAAUAAUGGAGCUGUCCCACUGCAAUUAACAAUAAGAUCUCCGUCCUACUAGGGAUUCUUCUCAUUUACAAAGAAAAAUAUUUGAGUUUUCGCUUCAUACAAGGUUUUGCUUUUCUCAAAUUCUUUUUGGGGUAAAGCUUGUUGGUGACUUGGAAAAGUUACUACCUUUAGCUUCAGAUUCUUUUCUAGUACAAAGAAUCUUGUGCUGAGAGUUCAUUGACCCCCAACUAAAGAGUCGGC